CGCGCUAGGAGUGGUUAGGAGAUCACGUCCGUCAACAUGCUCUCGCGGAUCACUCGGAACUGCCUCGUACUCGCGUCGAACGUCACCGUGUUGUUGAGGCAGCCAGUGCUGCGCGAGGUCGAGAGCCGGCCGUUAAGUCGCGCCAUCCACGUCAGCCAGCGACAGAACGCGAAGGACGACGACAAGAAGGAAGACAACAAGUCGUCGGCCCUGGUGCUCCAUGCGUUCGCGAACUCUGAGAACAAGGAGAAGAAGGCCUACCUGGACAUCCUGCGCGAGUACAAGAACAACAACGAGGCGCGGCGCGGCCACGUGGAGUUCAUACAGGUUGCCCUCAAGUACAUGGACGAUUUCGGCGUGAACCGCGACCUCGCCGUGUACAAGGCUCUCCUGGACGUGCUGCCCAAGGGCAAGUUCGUCCCCCGUAACGCCUAUCAGACCAUGUUUAUGCACUACCCGAAGCAGCAGUACGUCGCGGUCGAUCUGCUCGGCAAGAUGGAGCACAACUGCGUGAUGCCGGAUCUGGAAAUGCAGGAGAUGCUGCUUAACAUCUUCGGCCAGCACGGCCUGCCGCUGAAGAAGUUCUGGCGGAUGAUGUACUGGAUGCCCAAGUUCGCCAAUUUGAAUCCCUGGCCCUGCUCGAGGCCAGCGCCCAAAGACCCGCGGGUUCUCGCCCGACUGGCGAUGAGCAAGAUCUCCAGUGUAGACGUGCAGACCAAGAUCACAGAAUUCGAGACCAAGGACGUGGAGGACGCCAUCGAGGAUACGUGGAUCGUGUCGGCGAUGAGUGGGCAGCAGGAAGAACUGUUGCGAAAGGAGUGCCCUGAUACUCCGAUCUUUGUCGAGGGACCAUAUACGGUAUGGGUGGCGGAUCAGUGUAUAGAUUAUUUUAUCCUUAGAGGAACGCCAAAAGAAAGAAGACCUCGUGAAAAUGUUGAUGAUGUUUCGAAUAUUAAAAUACCUUUCUGGGAUAAGAAAGAAAUAAUUCCUGCACCAACGGUCCACGAGCAGGACGACGGCACAUACUUUGCAAUGUGCGCUACCGGCACGUCCUCGAAAGACUCUCUGUUAUCUUGGAUACGAUGUUUGCAGAAAAAGAAUCCCAUCUUGACUGUAAUUCCAGUGGUAUUUAAGUUAAUGUCGUCCACAAGGGAACAGCUGUACAUCGAGUCCAAAAGUGAAAGUGAAAACGAAAUAGUGCAACUGAAAGAUUAGUGAAAAUGUACAAAUUGUUUAACUAUUAUGCACCAAACAGGUGAUACGCAUUAUUAUUAAUAUAAUAAAUUGACGAUGCCUUGAUGUCUCUGUAGAUAGCUCUUGUUUGUAUAUAAAAAUAUAACGUUUUCAUAUAGUUGACA